AUGCCUUCGUUCUCACUUCUCGGCGAUUAUCUUGGAAUUCCCGCCUACAUUCUGUUUGAUUCUUCGGUGGAAAAGUCGGCGCUGUCAUCGACGUUCGCGACCAAUAACAAUGUUCCGCGCACGGUUGCAUCCAUUCACCACAGUGUCGCUGAGCUCUCUGCUUCCGGUCCCGUUAUGAUCCCUGCAAUUGGUGGAUGGUAUCAUUCAUGUCUUCCUCUUGUGGUCACCCAUCUGCCCCGCUAUGACGUAUUGCUCGGUUCCGACUGGUUUGAAGCAUGCUGA